AUGACAGCUUCUCAAGUAAAAUAUUCCGGAGGUAAAAUAGUUCCCCAUUCAGAUCUCCGGGUGGGGACUACAAGAGGAGAAAGAAAUGUUAAAGAAUAUAAAGAAUACAAAUUCAUAGCAACUUGGAACAUAAGAACUUUAUUACAGUGUGGAAAGUUAGAAAACCUGAAAAUGGAAAUGAACAAGAUGAAAAUUGAUAUCCUUGGAAUAUCAGAAAUAAGAUGGCCGAAUCCAGGAGAUUUCUGGAGCGGAAACUACAGAAUAAUACAUAUGGGAACAGCAGAGAAAAGACCAGGUAUAGGAGGAGUAGGGAUGGUAAUGAAUAAAGUCCUAGGUAAAAAAGUUAANCCAAAGGACACAAUAGUAGUUCAGGUGUAUAUGCCAACAACAAAUCAUAGCGAGGAAGAGCUAGAAGAAAUAUAUGAAAAUUUAGACAAAUUAAUAGAAAAUGUCAAAGGGGAGGAAAAUCUGAUAGUAAUGGGUGACUGGAAUGCCAUUGUUGGGGAAAAAAAAGUAAAAACUUUAACAGGUGAUUAUGGUUUAGGAAACCGUAACGAUAGAGGGGACUGGUUACUAUAAUUUUGUGCAAAACAUAAAUUAAUAAUCACAAACACUUGUUUUAACCAUCAUAAGAGAAG